UCAAUACGGAUAUUAUUUCACAGUUGGAUUUCAAUGAUCAAUUCAUUUUAACUUUAUUUUAAUGUUUCACAGAAUAGGAUAUAUAAUGAUCAAUGUUAAUGUUUGGCUUGAUCAUCUUCAAUGUAUAUUUCAUACUUUACAUUGAAUAUACCACCAAAAAUUAAAACAAACAAAAGAAGAUACUAAUUAAGGAUUGGUUCCAAUGAAUAUAAAAAGACGGUGUAAGUUUAAAAGGGAUACAUUAAUGAUUAGUUGUUUCUAUGCAUUCAAUUAGUAUUUCUCAUGUUGGUUAUUGAUUCAUUUAACUCAUAAAUAACAACUUAUAACACUCGAAUUACCGUAAAAAAAAUGAAUGGAAAAUUGUUAGUCUUGUAAAGUUAUUAAGAUUUCCUCAGAAUUAUCAUGUCUGAACCAUCAUCUCCACAACAACAAUCUGAACAUCAUGAACAAUCACAAAGUCCACAUAGUGAAAUCGGUAAUGAAUCUACACAGAAUAAUUCACCACCGAUAAUAACCAUAAAUCAAGAUCAACGUGAAAUAUAUUCCAGAGAACGACGUCAUGAUCGUAAUGUUUCAUUUCGUCAUAGACGACAUCAAGAUUUAUCGCCAAGGUUUGAAGAUGAUCGAAAUAUUAUCUACUUGAAUGAUCCAAACACUAGAUAUUAUCGUUCACAAAAUCAAUUAAGUGAUCCAUCAGGAUUUUGGUUUCAACGCAGUGCUAGUGCAAGAAAUAUCCGUUUAAGAUCAGGAGUAAGCCAUAAUCAUUUGCAUCAACUCAACUUACAUGUUGAUGAUAGAUUAACAAAUCAAAUUCGUCGAUCAUUUCAGGAUAGAAGCAACGGCUUAAGUCAAGAUACAUUAAUUGAACGACAAAAUUUAGUUUUGGUUCCAAUGUAUGGGUUACUUCGUCCUCGAAGAUCAAAAAAUAGAUCUCAUAGAUUAUCAGCAGAUCUAGAAAAUCCACAACGUCGUCAGGUAGAACAAGAUGUUUCUGGUUUCCGAAAUUUGAACAAUUCGCUAUCAUCCCCGUUGAAUGAAGAAACUGUAGACCGACCAAUUAUUUUCACUAAUCCUACAAGUCGAAAUCCUCAUCAACAACCAUUAUCUACUAAUACAGCACAAACACUCUCUCUACGUUCACCAAAUGAAGAUAAUAGUGAUCGUGCUUCACAAGCUGUUCGAUCUCAACCACGAAUAGGUUCCGUCCAAACAUCCAGAGUUACACAAGCUGUACAAACAAGAGGUUUGUAUCAAGGUCAAUUAAGACGUCCUCAAAAUGAUGUAGCUAACCAGCGUCAUAUGGAUGCAAAUCUUGGUGUAAAUGAUCCAUUUGCAAUGAAUAUCACUUCGAGCACAAAUCACCUAAGCGGAAUGCAGCAGCAGUAUGAAAGUGGAGGGCCGAACAGAAGUAAUAAUAAUAACAACAGUAGUAAUCAUCAUGCACAAACAAAUGAAACACUUGCAACUUAUAAUUCACCUAAUAGUAGCAGAGAUAGAGAAAUCUAUGUGUUGCGUAAUAACCAGUCAUCGAUUCAACCUCCUCAAUUGUCUAGUAUCGAUAAUGCUAGUAUGACUACUAGUAUAAGUGAUGCUAGUAGUAUUGAAGAUUUACAUGUAACAGAAAUUGUAGCCAAUAGUCAUAAUGAAUCAGUAAUACAUCGUCCUAGACUAUAUGAAGCAAAUAAUUCAGAUACUGAAAAAAUUGUGAAAAGACAAGAAGUCAAAUAUACAGAGAAGAGAACAGAUGCAACCGAUUGGAGGGCUAAUUUAUUUGGAAGUCGUCAAUUAUGGCGUCAAAUGCUUAUUACUGAAAGAUUUGCUGAUGUAUGGUUUAUUGUUGGCGGUGAUGAUAUAUUAGGUAAUAAUACAUCAAUUAGUUUACAUUCAAAUGAUUCCAGUGCACCAGGUGGUCCAAAAAGUCAAAUUAAUUGUUGUACAAAUAAACAAUUAUUAAAUGUAUCAUCAACACGAUCUACAAAUUGUUCAAAUAGUAUAAAUAAAUCACGUCUGAUGUACAACAAUAAUGAUGGUAAUACUACCACUACUACUACUAAUAAUAAUAAUAGUAGUCAUAGUAAUGGUAAUAAUAAUAAUAAUCCUCCCAAUACAAUUACAAUUACUACUCGUACUAUUACUGCUAAUAACAAUACUACUAAUAAUAAUACUAAUACUACUAAUAAUAAUGAUAAUAAUAAUAAUAAUGUAUAUAAUACUCCAUUAGAUAUAUUAUAUUCAAGAUGUACUGAUUCAGAUCAAGAGAAUACUAUUGAUGAUGCAACAGAUUUGAAUUCAGAUGGUGAACAACCAUCGUGUCAUUCAGAUCAUAAUACAGAUAAUAAAUCCAAUGAUUAUAAUUCACAAAACUUAUCACAUAAAUUAACUUCAACGAAUAAUUUAUUAAAUAGAACAAGUAAUAAUAAUAAUAAUAAUAAUUCAAAUUGUAUUCAUUCAAUGGAUCCUAGUAAAGGAUCAUUGAAUGGAACUAAUGAUACAGAACCAAUUAUUUGGCGUUUUGCUGCACAUCGUUUAAUAUUAGCAGCUGCUUCACCAGUAUUUGAAGCAAUGUUUUAUGGACCAAUGGCGGAUUGUGAUAAUAAAAAUUCGGAAAAUCGUCGAGAAUAUCAUAUACCAGAUAUACAUCCAAAGGCAUUUCAAAUUAUGCUAUCUUAUAUCUAUAGUGAUGAAUUAUUAGUGGAGAAUGAUAUCAAUUUAUUAUUCUAUUUAUUGUAUGCAACAAAAAAGUAUAUCCUUCCACGUUUAACACAAAUUUGUGUUGAAUACUUAAAAGAUUUAAUUACAGCUGAAAAUGUUUGUAUGAUGCUUGAUCGUAGUAUAUUUUUUGAUGAAGUUGAUCUAACUCGUCGAUGUUGGCAUAUAAUCGAUGUUUUGGCCCCAGAUGUAUUAAUAUCACAAGGUUUAUUAACAUUAAAUUCAAAUUGUGUACAUGAUUUAGUUAGUCGUAAUACAUUAAAUUGUCAAGAAUCUGAAGUAUUUGCUGCUGUUGGACGUUGGGCAGGAGCUGAAUGUAAUCGUUUAGGUAUAAGAGAUGUUGUUUCUAAUAGAGUACAAGUUGCAGCAAAUAUAUUACCAUUAAUUAGAUUUCCAACAAUGACAUUAAGUGAUUUUGCUGAAAAUGUUGCUUAUUCAGGUUAUCUUUCAUUAGAAAUGGUACGUGAUUUAUUUGUAUACAUAACAACCAAUAAAUUGAAUAUACAAAAAAAAGAUAAUACAUUAUCAAUAACACGUCGAUCAAAUUCAUUAGCAACUAAAAAAAAUGAAAAUUCUAUUGAAUUGACAGAAAAUGAAAUGAAAUUAACAAAUCCGUCGUCGAUAUCUACAUCAAUACAAUUAACAAAUAAUCAAUCAUCAUUACCAUUUAUAACAAAUUUAUUACCAGAUUCUGGACCAUUUCCAUGUGAACCAAGAAUAGGACCAAAAUUAUGGAGAUGUAGUCGUUUUAAACGUAUUCGAAAAGAUUUAUUAUCAUUAAAUACAUCAAAUAAUCAUAGGCAUACAAUUAGUUUCUCUGUAGGUUCUUCUUUUCAUUCUUUUCAUUAUGAUAUUGUAUUACAAUGUAAUGUGAUAAUAUUGAACUUUUGAAUUGUUUGAUGAAUGGAAUGAACUAAUCAUCUGAUUAUCAGAUGUUGUUUUUACUUUAACUAAUGAAUGUAUUUCACGUGUAAGAUUAAUGAGUAAAACUGAUAUGGUAACUAUAAUUCAUAUGUAUGAUAAGACCGUGGGACUUAGUUGAGAAUUAUUAGUUUUUAGUCGCCCCAAUCGUUGUUGCUACGUUGACGUGGUGGUCGGGUUUACCUAUCAUAAUGAGCUAGUCGAACUAUACUCGCUGGAAUAGUUGUUCCUCAAGAUUCUACAAUGCCAGAUAGGUCGAUUGAAGAACAAUAAGACUAGUGCAACAAACCUUAGGUCUGAAAGUGAAGUCGUACUGCUGAGUGUACAGAGGUGUGAUGGCAUUAAGGUGUUUCCUAGUAAGUGGCCUAUACUCUUCCACGAGGGUAAACAGGCGUAAUGAAGCAUUUGAAUUGCUCAACUAAUUGUUUAAUUAGAUAUUUAAUGAACACUUAUCAUUGCGAUCGAGAAAUAGAUCAUUUAAAGUAUCAAACAGUUUAUGUUUACAUCAUCGAAAACAAGUGUGUGUGUGUGUGUGUGUGCACUUCAAUAAUGUCAUUGUACCUUAAAGUGAAAUCAUGAGUUGGUAUGUAUGUUAUAUGAUUUACACUAUUAACGUAUUUGUGAUAAAUGCUUAGUGAAAUCAAUUGAUGAAUUAAAUCUUUUCUGAAUGAUCUACUUUUUCAUUUUAAAAUGUUACAUUCUCUUGGUAUCAGUAAUAUUAUUCUUGUCACUUGACAUGAACCUAUUCCUAAUAUUCUUGUUGUUGACCGUUGUUGGUACGUUGACUUGAUGGUUGGGUUUACCUAUUAUGAUGAACUAACCGAGUUAUAAUGGCUAGAACAAUCGUUCCACAAGGUCCUACCAUGCCACAUAAGUCGGUUGAAGGACGAUGUAAAUAAAAGCAGCACACCCAAGGUCCGAAGGUGAAGUCGUACCGCUGAGUGUACAGAGGUGUGAUGGCAUUAAGGUGUUUUCUUCAGACAUCCAUGAUAUCAGCGAUGCUACCUUCGCUCAAGGAAGUGUGGGAUUAGAAACGGUCGACCCUAUAAAAUGCACACUUCAUCUUAUCCGACGGAUAUCCGUCUCUGGUGUUAAAGCUCCGACAAGUACGGAGGUAACACAAAAAUUACCCACAAAAGAUCGUAUGUGACCGAUCUUAAUCAGUUAUACCUCGGUUACUGCGGUCACACUCUCAGAUCACUAUGAGCACCUUUAAUCCAAUCUCGUUUUCCGGUACCUCCAGAAGGACCCUUCCACGGUGUAGGAAACCGAGAAGUGACAACCGCCCUCAUACUUCUAACAGUACUCAAGUCUUUUUAAAUGGUAAUGAUAAUGGUGUGUGCUAAUGAUGUCGAUGGAUAUAAGUAAUAUGUGUUAUCGUCAAUCGAAAGUGAUAUAUCCUGAAGCGGAAGGUUAAUAAGAUCGAAGAGAACGAGAACAAAGAAUGAUUGGUGUGGAAACGAAAGAACAAUGAAAUCUGAGACGAUUGACUGACAUUUUGCAAUUGAAGUAUUUACUAUAUGGUUCUUAGAUUUUAUUCUGCAAUGUGUGUGUUCGAAUAUAAUUGAUUGUACGCCAUUUAUGUUCUCGUUCGCUAAAAUCUGAAUCAAAGUCUGAUGUUAAACAGUACUGUCAAUUAAACAGUCUACAGAUUAUUCAACAACAAUUCUUGAUGUUCGUUUAUUGAUUAAAUAAUAAAUGAAGUUUUUUUAUUUAGAAUGAACCAAUAUGUUUAACAUAAUCCUCUCAUAUUUAGUUAAAAGUAGAAUAUAAGCAAUAAUAUGUAGUAUUUUGUAUGAUUUUCAUCACAUGACCUAGAAGCCAUUGAAAUUCACCUAAUACUAGAAAGUUGUCUAGUACCUGUAUGGGAUUUCUGACAGGACCCACACACCCUCCUCCAACUAUAGAAUUCAAACACAUCAAUUAUCAGGAUAUGUAGGCUAUCAUUAGACCAUUGAUAAACAAUUAACAAUAUGAAGAGUACAUACAAAACAUGGAAAAAUAGACUUAACCUAACUACUUAAGAAUGAUAAUUUCUUGUCAGAAUUAUCAGUAUUGGGUUGUGGAGAUUAGUAAACUUUUGUUUGAGAUCAUAAAUCGAUCGAUAUUAGAGCAUUACUGAAAACCUGGGAGCAGUGAACGGCCAGUUCGUCCUAUUAUGGAAGAUGGUCGCGCGAUUUCGUGGAUUGUUUGAGGUUAGACAUUAAAACUGUUAGAUGCCGGCUCAAUGGUCUAGAAGUUAAGUGUGAUAUUGCCUGGGUGCCCAGACCGAAGUAGCUUGCUUUCUUAGGGGGUUACACCCGGAGCAUUCGACCUAAAGGUCUGAUCCACCAGGUAGUGAAGCAACGUCAGGAGAUGCAGUCCCAUGGUAGCCGGUGACCAACAAUAGGUUCAUACACCAUUUAUUCCUUCAGGAUCCUAGAGCCAAUCCAUGUGUACCAUUGGCUUAGAAUCAGGGUUUUCCAACUCACCUAUGUGGACCCUCUGUGUCUACCAACCCGGUCGGAGCGCCGAACAUUCGUUUUUCGUUCCCUCAAUUUCAGAAACAACAGUAAUGCCGCGAGAAGGCAGUGAGUUUGACUUCCGUGGUAUUGGUUGUAUGCAUGUGACCUUAUAACGGCACUUGGAGAAGGAGAACUAACUGUAACUACCCUCCGCCUUUAGGGGCAUAACAUAAACUCUGGUGCAGAUGAGCAUCAAUUUAAGUUGUGUGAUCGCGACUUAAAUUCUCAGUACUAAGUAAUGACAUUUUAUCUUUCAGAGAAAAUAAAGUAAUACUAUUUCAAUUUGUAGAAUAUCCACAGUCAGUCAGUCAGUCAGUCAGUAACAACGUAGAACUUCGUACGUACGUACAUCAGUUCGAGUUGCCACACCACAUUAACACAGAGAUGCAGUUGUCGAUUCAAAUCCCGUAGUGGUAGAGGUAGCAAGAGUAUAAGCAGUAAUCGGGAAGAUUAGUGUUUGGAGAUUUUAUUUAAAGAGCAUAAUACAGUGAAAUGAAUUUGAAAAGAGAAAAAAAAGAGACAAGGAGGAAUAAGAUCAAAAUUUGGGAGAACACAAAGAGUGUAUGCACCUGCGCCAUUGCAAACGAUUUUGAGCCAUAUCAUUCAGGGUCUCUAACCAUUGGUUGCUAUCAUCUCGCGGUCCCCAACCAGGUAGUUUACACCUACCGACAUGACUCAGUCCACUUGUCAGUGACUUCAUGGACUUGUGCCAUGUUUUGGUCUGGCCGCCCCUAGCUUUCUUCCAACCUACUCCACUCAUAUACCACUGAACAUUGCACGUCGAGGCAGUCGGUGGUUGGGCAUACGUAACACGUGUCCAAGCCAUCUCAACUGAUGGAGUUUCACUACGUCAUCAAUUGAUUUGCCAUCCUUAUCUAGUACCCGUUUCCUAACAACUGCAUUACUUACUCGAUGGUCCCACGAUAUACAAGCAAUAUUUCGAAGACACCUAUGAAAUAUCCACAAACGUAUCCUAAUUCAUUCUCUUCACAUUUUUUUUUCUAAAUUCCAGGUAUCUGCAUCUAUAUUUAUUGCUGGUGUUGGAAUUUAUGGUUCAACACAAGUUGGUGAUAUUCGUACAGUUCAUGUUGAAUUAAAAACAGGAAAUGGCAAUACACCUCUACCAUCACCAGCUGCUAUAACACCAAAUUUAAAUCAAUUAUCAGAUCGAAUGUAUCUUUCACAAGCAUCUAGAAGUACAAGUGAUUUAACUAAUUUGAAUGUAUCUACACGUUUAUUUCAUAACAAUAGUAAUAGUAAUAAUAAUAAUAAUCGUGGAGGCAAUUUAAAUAUUUGGGAUAUUACAGGAUUAUCAAGAUUAGAUGAAGGUGAUUCAUUAAAUCAUUUCAAUAAAAAAUAUUCAACAAAAUGUCUUGCUAGUAAACAAAUUUCAUUAAGAUCUGAUGGAACUAAUCGUGUUUAUGAUAUACGAUUUCGAUGUCCAGUAAAGUUGGUUAAAAACAGACGAUACUAUUUAAGUUUAAGCACAUCAAAUUCUGAUCAUCAUAAUCCAGCAUCAAUGUCAACAUCAUCUACAGCAAUUAAUUCAUCAACAUCCUAUAUUGGUUUCUAUGGUGGCACUGAAAUUAUGAUACAUUGUCCAUCGGAAGAAACAUUAAAUAAACGAAAUAAUAAUGAAACAAUAACAAAUAUCAAUAAGAAAUCAUCAUCAUCAUUAUCAACAACAACACCACCAACAUUGUCAUCAUCUAACAUUCGAAAGAAACGAUUAGAAACAAAUAAAUUCAAUGAGAAUACUUAUUUAUUAGGUAAUAAUGAAAUGGUUAUAUUUAAUUUUCAUGAUAGUUGGGAUGGUUUAGAAAAUGGUAGUGUUGAUAGAGGAUUAAUACCGGAUUUAUUAUUUUAUACUUGUUUCUAAGAAAGAAAAAAAAAGAUUUUUCAUUUCAUUUCAAUUAUUUCAAAUAAACAUGAACUUAAUAUGUUCCCCUUCAUGUACAUUAACUUUUUAUUGGUCAAUUUCAUAUUAUUGUUAUAUAUGUGAAAUACAAUUGAAAGAUUCUAUGAAUGAUUAAAGAUUAUAUCUAUGUAAUUGUAACCUUCCAUUCCUCAUUUCCCUAUUCUUUUCAUAUGAUAUUAUACUCUAAAUUCAUAUGAAUACAACAUAACUAUUGCUCAAUAUGAUUCCUUUCUAAAAAAAAUUCGAUAUCCGGUGAAAACUACUUAAAUGAUUAGUUAGUAAGAUAAAUUUUCUAAUGAAAAAAAAGAAACGAAGGACAUUGAUAUUUCACAAUUAUUUUAUAUUAUUAAAUAUCAGAUAUUACAUCAUCUAUUGUUUCAUUAAAAAGUCAAGCUUAUUAAUGAUUUGGAUAAUAAUAGAUAAUCAAUAAACGAUCAUCUAAUCAUCAUAUAUUGUUGUCAUUGUUGCUCAAUAAAAAGUCAUUAUAUAUAUGGUUGAAGAUGUUGUGUGAUAUUCAUCGUAGAGUAUUUAGACCUAUCCGCUAUUUUCUUCUGCUUGUUCUUCUUCUUCUAAAUCAUGAAUUCUACACGUCAUAUUUCACUGCUUUAUCUUUAUUCGUUUAUUUUUUCAACAAUAUUCCCGACCUAGUGGUUAAGUGCUCGUGCGCGAGACUGACAGGCCCUUAGUUCGAAUCCGACGAGGCGGGGUUGUGGAUGUGCGCACUGCCACAGAGGAGUUCUACAAUAAGAUGAAACGACCAUCCAGUGCUUCUAGGUUUUCCAUGGUGCUCUAGCCUCAAAUGGACUCAUGAUCUCAACGAUUGAAAUUCCUAUUUCUAUUAAACAUUUCUUCUUCAGCUAUAUUAUUCAUCAUGUUAUAAUUUCCACUGCUAUUGUGCUGUCAACGUGUAUUAACACACAUUCGUUUUAUGUCCUAAUAUAAUCAGGACGAUAAGAUCAACAUAAACAGACAAUUGUCGAUAAUUAUAAAGAUUAACGUAUAUUAUCCACAUACUGAACAAAGACAACAUAAACGCCAAACAGUAAACCGCAUUGACACACACAAUCUCAACCAAAAACUUAACAAUCUCCACAACCCCCAUACUGAUAAUUAACAUGUGCUCACUAGUGACUAGCUUCGUGAGGGAAUUCUCGGAGUUCUAGUGAGAAGUCGUGACCAGUGGAGCUAAUCCGUGUCGGGUAGAGACAGUUAUCUGCCUCAGUACAAUGGAAGGUGGUCGCGCAAUUUCGUUGGAUUGGUUGAUGUUAGAGACUAACACCAUUGGAUGCCGGCUCACUGGUCUAAUGGUUAAGUGCUCAGGCGCGAAG